GCGUGGACCAGCUCGGCCGGGUUUUAUUGGGGGUGGGAGCGGGGCAGUGCGAGCUUUGCUGCUACUGUCGUGCCGGGAUGCGGCGGCGCGGCCUGCGGCUGCUCCUGGUGGUCUGUCUGGUUGUUGCUGCCGCCGCAGAGGAGGUUCAAACAAAUAUUCUACAAGCAGACAAAAAUGGUGGCAACGAUUUAGCACAUUCAGAUGGUGCGGAAACAGGACGGCAUGAUGAAACAAAUCCUAAUAAAGGACAGCAUGAUGAAGCAAAGAAUGACACUGAUGAGAAGAACAAGAAGGGUGCAUUAACAGAAGGAACUAUGAAGACGAAGGACGAGGCAAAAGUGAAUCAUCUGAACAAAGAUAUCAGCACAGCAAAAUCGUCACAUGUAACCGACUUCUCACAAGAUCCUCUCAUCAAGGAGUGUGAUCCAUCCCAUAGAUGUGUGAUUGAAAAUAAAAAGUUCAUCGCCUGCUUGAAAGUUCCUGGCGAAGAUUCAUUAGCUCUAUCACUUCUGAUGGACAACAAAGGCAUGAACCCACUUGAUGUUGGCAUUGCAACUCCAGAAUUUGUCACUUCAGCAGAAGACACCGUCCAUGUCAGUGCAAAUGAUCACAAUGAGACACAGGUGACUAUUUUUAAAAACGGUGCACCAAACAUGGCAAUAGUUCUCAGACUCAGAGUUGCAGAAGAAGACUGUAAUAUUAGCAUCCACCGUGCAAUUGCGAGGGAGACAAGUCAAAAUUCGGAGAAGAGGUAACCAAGAUGGCGGACCUGCAUACCAGAAGCUUGAUGUGGCGGAGCUUCCUGUUUCGACUGGAGGGAAGA